AUCAUUUCAAUUUUAAUAUCGGCGCCGAAGCAAACGGAAUAGACCUAAAAACAAAUUUGUUAAGUUAAUCAGUGAAAGGUGCUAAAAAUGUCUAAAAAAGAAUACUCGGUGAGCGGUCCGAAUUUUGAGGAGUACAUCGUGUGCCCCUACGAUAGCGUCCAUCGCAUAAUUCCGGUUCGUUUGUCCUAUCAUUUGACCCGCUGCGCGAAGAAUUUUUCCUCAAACAAGAUGGUCCGCUGUCCAUUUAAUAGCAGCCAUUUGCACUCUGUUUCGGACAUGCAGAAACAUGUCAUCGAGUGCCCGAAUCGGUCAUCCCUAGAGCGCUACAAGUUGCCGGAUAUGCUGCCGCCUGUGGAACCGCGCCCCAGAGAUUUUAUUAUUGAAACCAUCGAGGAUUGGGAUGCCGAGCCGCCGGCCCCCACCUACAAUCCUCGAAGAUACUGCGAAGAGGAGUUAAUUAUCCGGAAUCCCCAGGGUAAUCCGCCGGCCGCUCGUCGCGAAUUCCGUGAGCGCGAACGCAGACGCUUCAUCGAAAAAAAUCAGUUAUAGAACUCUUUUUCCCAGUCAUGUACAUAUGUACAUAUAUAUCUAGCAACUUUAAGUUAUUUACACACAUAUGUAAGUUUGUGCAUAUGUAAUCGAAUACAUAUUAAGAAGAAGCAUUCGUCAGUUUUUUUUUUGGUUGCUUUGCUCAGCAUUUUUUUUGAUUAUCUUUUUCUAAGAAAUUGGAAACUUCGAAAGGAAUUCUGGGG